UAUGAUCAAACCACUAAUGUUAAAAUAUUAUCACACCUGCAUGUCACAACCUGUCCAAAUGACAGUAUUACCCUUCUCCUUUUGCACUUCUUGAUAAGCAAGUGAUAGUGAAAAGGAAAUGUCUGGUAUGCUGUGUGGCAAAUGAAAGUAACCUGCUUUUCCCAGAAUCUUGAUGAUGAUAUAUACUAUUUAUAAUGCUAAUUCAGAUAGUCACUUUUUAAGGUAUGGUCCAAGAUUUGAAGUGGGUAUUUGAAGAAACCACCAUUGGUGCUCAAAUGAAGCUUCUUUUAUAGGAGUUGGGGUGAUCCAGUCCAGUGCAGCACCAAAUAUCUGCAAUGAGAAAGAAGUUUGCUUUUGUGCUUCUUUUAUCUCUUGUUAGAGUGGUUUUUAGCGCCACUGACCCUGGUGACCUUGAUAUUUUAAUGCAAUUCAGAGAUGGACUUGAGAAUCCUGAGCUCUUGAAGUGGCCUGAAAAUGGUGAUGACCCUUGCGGUCCUCCAAGCUGGAACCACGUGGUUUGUGAUAAGUCCAGGGUUACUCAGAUUCAGGCUCAAGCUGUGGGCUUGAAGGGUACUUUGCCUCAAAACUUGAACAAGCUCUCCAUGCUCAAGAACAUUGGUCUCCAAAAGAAUCAGUUGAGUGGAAAGUUGCCUUCUAUUAGUGGCUUAUCAAACUUGGUGUAUGCGUAUUUGGAUUACAACAAUUUUGAUUCUAUUCCGGCUGAAUUCUUUGAUGGUUUAGAUAAUUUGCAAUUCUUAGCAUUGGAUCAGAAUAAUUUUAAUGCUAGUACAGGUUGGUCAUUCCCCAAGGCUUUGCAAAAUUCUGCUCAAUUGACCAAUCUUUCUUGUAUGAGUUGUAAUUUGAUUGGGCCAUUGCCGGAUUUUCUUGGUUCCAUGCCUUCCUUGACAAACCUGAGGCUUUCUGGUAAUCGUUUGUCUGGUGAAAUUCCGGGUACUUUCAAUGGCAGUGCUCUACAGAUGCUUUGGCUGAAUGAUCAGCUUGGUGGGGGGAUGACAGGUCCAAUUGAUGUUGUGGCAACAAUGGAGUCUCUUUCAGUUCUAUGGCUGCAUGGGAAUCAGUUCACCGGACCGAUUCCAGAGAACAUUGGUAACUUAACUCUCUUGAAGGAUCUCAAUCUCAACAGUAACAACUUUGUUGGCCUGAUUCCUGAUAGUUUAGCAAAUAUGAGAUUCAACAACUUAGAUUUAAACAAUAAUCAGUUGAUGGGUCCAAUUCCAAUGUUUAAAACGCCAAACGUGACUUUUGCUUCAAAUAAAUUCUGUCAAGCCACUCAGGGGCUUCCUUGUGCCCCAGAAGUUAUGGCACUUAUAGGGUUUCUUGAUUGGGUGAAUUACCCUCAAAGGCUUGUUAAUUCGUGGUCCGACAAUGAGCCUUGCAAUUGGGUGGGAAUUAGAUGCUUUAGCGGGAAGGUAUCAAUCAUAAACCUGCCCCAUUAUAAUCUCUCUGGUACUUUGAGUCCUUCAGUUGCAAAGUUGGACUCCCUUUCUGAAAUUAGGCUUCAAUCUAACAAUCUAACUGGUCCAAUUCCUGAAAACUGGACUAGCUUGAAAUCUCUGGAAACUUUGGAUCUCAGUGACAAUAACAUAUCUGGUCCAUUACCAAAAUUUAGUAGCACUGUGAAGCUUGUCACAACCGGUAAUCCUAUAUCUGAUGGUCAUAAGACAGCCCCUUCCAACAGAGACAACACACCAUCUGUGAGUUCAGAUUCUCCACUGAAUAGCCCAUCUUCCUCAUUGAAAGGUUCAGGUUCUAGUCCCACUGAUUCUUCUGUGGAAUCAACCAAAACAAAAAGUUUCAAAAGGAACACAUUUGUUUCAAUUGUUGCCCCUGUUGCAAGUUUUGCGGUUCUUGCUUUUCUGGUCAUUCCUCUAUCCAUCUACUGUUAUAAGAAGAGAAAAGACAGUAAGUUGGCUUCAACUUCCCUGGUAAUCCACCCAAGGGAUCCAUCUGAAGAUAAUGUGGUUAAGGUUGUUGUUGCCAAUAACACCCAUGGAAGCACUUCUACACUAACCGGGAGUGGUUCUGCAAGCAGAAACGGUAGCAGCAUUGGGGAGUCUCACGUCAUUGAAGCUGGAAAUUUGGUCAUAUCAGUUCAAGUUCUUCGAAAUGUGACAAAAAAUUUUGCACCAGAAAAUGAGCUUGGCCGUGGUGGCUUUGGUGUAGUUUAUAAAGGGGAACUAGAUGAUGGGACACAAAUUGCAGUUAAAAGAAUGGAGGCUGGUGUGAUCACAAGCAAGGCUUUGGAUGAAUUUCAGGCUGAAAUUGCAGUUCUUUCAAAGGUCCGGCACCGUCAUUUAGUAUCUCUUUUGGGCUAUUCCAUUGAAGGCAAUGAAAGAAUUCUUGUUUAUGAAUAUAUGUCUCAAGGAGCUCUUAGUAAGCAUCUUUUCCAUUGGAAGAGCCUGAAAUUGGAGCCUUUAUCUUGGAAGAGGCGGCUAAAUAUUGCCUUGGAUGUAGCCAGAGGAAUGGAGUAUCUUCACAGUCUGGCUCACCAGAGCUUCAUACAUAGAGAUCUUAAGUCUUCAAAUAUUUUACUUGGUGAUGAUUUCAAAGCAAAAGUUUCAGAUUUUGGUUUGGUCAAACUUGCUCCUGAUGGGGAAAAAUCUGUUGUGACCAGGCUUGCUGGGACUUUUGGUUACUUAGCACCAGAGUAUGCAGUGACUGGAAAAAUCACGACCAAAGCUGAUGUCUUUAGUUUUGGUGUUGUACUGAUGGAACUUUUGACUGGAUUGAUGGCACUUGAUGAGGACAGGCCUGAGGAGACCCAGUACUUAGCUGCAUGGUUCUGGCAUAUCAAAUCAGACGAGGAGAAACUGAGGGCUGCUAUUGACCCAGAUCUUGAUGUAAAAGAUGAAACGUUUGAGAGUAUCUCCAUCAUUGCUGAACUUGCUGGUCAUUGCACUGCAAGGGAACCCAGCCAACGGCCAGACAUGGGCCAUGCUGUGAAUGUAUUGGCUCCACUUGUUGAAAAAUGGAAACCACUGGAUGAUGAUAAUGAUGACUAUUGUGGCAUUGAUUACAGCCUUCCCCUUAACCAAAUGGUGAAGGGUUGGCAGGAAGCAGAAGGAAAGGAUUUUAGUUAUAUGGACCUAGAAGACAGCAAAGGUAGUAUCCCGGCUAGGCCUACUGGUUUUGCAGAGUCAUUCACUUCUGCUGAUGGUCGAUAAAUGAGGUACUUUGUUGCAUUUCUUUGACUACCAUGUUCAUUUGGUAGUUGUAGAUAGCAGUUUGUGUUCUAUCUAUUUGAGAAUUCAAUGUCAAUAUAUAUAUAAUUUUUUUAUUGUGGUUGCUUUAUUGGUGGAUUUCCAGAUAUUUGAAAGUCUCAUGUCUAGGCAUUUCACUUUCAGUUGUAAUAUUUUCCUGCUUAUGAUGAUGUAGAUAGAGAGCAAUGGUGAAUGUGAACUAUUUAUUGGUCCUUCCACAUUCUUGUU